AUGGCAAUGGCCAUGCUGUGUCUCCACGCUGCAUUCCAGUUCCACGAGAGCCUCACCCAGUGGACCCUUGAUAUCCUGGAGGCAGUGCUUGUAUAUCCAUGGAUUUUGACAGGUGUUACCUAUCUAGUUAAUUAUGGUCUCCCAAGGGGAGAAAACAAUGGAUUUGUUGGCGUUACACAGCUGUUGACAGCUGCAAGUAGCAAAGCUAAGAUGCUGGGCUCAGUCCUGGGCCAGUGGACAGAAUCGAUGAUGUCGACAUAUGCUUGGCGCCGUCCAGGAAUCGAACUAAGGCGCCCGGUUUCUUCACAACAGAACGCUCCUGUUCUUGACAACUCCUACACGCACUCCCUCGCUCUCCUGAGUCGUGCCCGUCUCUCUUUCUCUUCCGUUCCCCUCCCCCCCCUUUCGUUCUACCUGUUUGUCCGUUUAGACAGUCAACAGCACCGUUGGAGAAUAAUCUCUCAACACACGAACUCCGUGUUCUCUCCAUCACGACUCGUGGCUAACGGAGAAGCUGCGAUUCAGGGGAUCUCACUUUGCACUCCGCACUUUCGCCUUCCCGACGCUCGUUUUCCAGCUGACCUAGGUUACUUCCCUUACAGUCAUGGACUGAACAGAUCAUCUUCUUGCGGAUCUGCGCCUCUUCUCCCAUCUCCGACGUUGCUGGAUACUGAUGAGAGCGACAUGGAUCAAUAUGCUGACGUCGAGACAGCUACCACUGCAAACGGCUCCUCCACGGCGCAGGCCGACAAGGCCUCCAGCACCUCUAGCAAGCCCACUUCGCCCUAUGUCGAACGAAGCAACCCUAUGGGUGGUGCAGGCAACGCCCAGACGGUGAGCUCCAAAGAUCCGAAGGCCGUCGCUCAGGCCGCUACCGACAUGCGCAAUGUCGUCCGCCGUAAGUUGACCGGCUACGUCGGUUUCGCGAACCUGCCCAACCAGUGGCACCGCAAGAGUGUCCGCAAGGGAUUCAACUUUAAUGUCAUGGUUGUUGGUGAGUCUGGACUGGGAAAGUCGACUCUGAUCAACACGCUGUUCAAUACGUCUCUCUACCCUCCUAAGGAACGCAAGGGCCCCAGCCACGACAUCAUUCCCAAGACCGUGUCGAUUCAGUCCAUCAGCGCCGACAUCGAAGAGAAUGGUGUCCGUCUCCGCUUGACCGUGGUGGACACUCCUGGCUUCGGUGACUUCGUCAACAACGAUGACUCCUGGCGCCCGAUUGUCGAGAACAUUGAGCAGCGCUUCGAUGCUUAUCUCGAGGCGGAGAACAGGGUCAACCGGAUGAACAUUGUUGACAACCGUGUGCAUGCCUGUGUCUACUUCAUCCAGCCCACGGGCCACUCUUUGAAGCCGCUCGACAUCGAGGUGAUGCGUCGUCUGCACACCAAAGUGAACCUGAUCCCCGUCAUUGCCAAGGCUGAUACCCUGACGGAUGAGGAGGUUGCUCUGUUCAAGCAGAGAAUUCUGGCCGAUAUCCAGCACCACAACAUCCAGAUCUUUGAGGGCCCUCGUUACGAACUCGACGAUGAAGAGACGAUUGCCGAGAACCAGGAGAUCAUGUCUAAAGUGCCCUUCGCCGUGGUUGGUGCCAACACCGAAGUCACUACCCCCGAUGGCCGCAAGGUUCGUGGUCGUAGUUACCCAUGGGGUGUCAUCGAGGUCGACAACGAGGAACACUGCGACUUCGUCAAGCUGCGCCAGAUGCUCAUCCGUACCCACAUGGAGGAGCUCAAGGAGCACACCAACAACGUUCUGUACGAGAACUACCGUUCGGACAAGCUCACCCAGAUGGGUGUUGCCCAGGACCCGAGCGUGUUCAAGGAGGUCAACCCGGCGGUCAAGCAGGAAGAAGAGCGUGCUCUGCACGAACAGAAGCUUGCCAAGAUGGAGGCCGAGAUGAAGGCGGUCUUCGAACAGAAGGUCCGCGAAAAGGAAAGCAAGCUGAAACAGAGCGAGGACGAGUUGUACGCUCGCCACCGCGAGAUGAAGGAACAGCUAGAACGGCAGCGACAGGAACUGGAAGAGAAGAAGGCUCGUCUCGAGAGCGGAAGACCCCUCGAAGAAAAGGGCAAGAGGAAGGGUUUCUCGCUCCGUUAG